UUUCGAUAAUUGUUGUAUGAGUAAUAUUCGCUGGUUGAUGAACCCGUCAAAAACCAGAAAUUAAUAACACACAAUGGGCUCAAAUAUACAAAAAGACCAAGUUCAAACCGUGAAAAUACAUAUAAACCAAUAACAAUGAGGCUACUCAAUGACGUCAUCAUGUCCCAUGAACUUUGUGACGUCAAGGAUAGUACAACACUAUUCACUUAUAAUGUACAACUGAUAUAUUGUUUACUUCCAAUUAUAAGUAUUUUUUUCCAAAUUAAUGACAAAAUCACGUUUUGUACAUCGCACUAAGUAAACACUAGUGUGAUUUAAAAAUAAAAAUAGCAGUAUUUGUUUGACCAUUGACUACUAGGUAACCAGUUUAGUUUUGCGUGUCAAACAAUACUUGCUAUUGUAUAAAGAAUGGCUCAACCUGAAGUUACAAUCCAACAAGGAACCCUGCGUGGUUCUACAGCCACUGAUCUCCGUGGCAACACCUUCCUUAAAUUCCAAGGAAUUCCAUAUGCCAAACCACCACUGGGCGAUCUUAGAUUCAAGGCCCCUGUUCCUCCCGAAAAAUGGACCGGGGUUUUCGACGCCACCAAAGAAGGCAGCAUCUGCUACCACGUUAUCAAACAAGGCAUCCUCGUGGGUACCGAAAACUGCUUAGUUCUGAACGUCUACACGAAAAAACUCCCCAAAGACCAGAAAGAUCUGCGUCCGGUCAUGUUCUGGAUCCACGGUGGGGCGUUCGUUUGGGGGCACGGCGGCGAAGACCUCUACAGUCCCGAUUACCUGAUCACGGAAGACGUGGUUGUGGUUACCAUCAAUUAUCGUCUUGGUCUUUUCGGGUUUGUCAGUUUUGACGAUCCGUCUUUGGAAAUACCAGGGAACGCCGGUUUGAAAGACCAAGUCAUGGCUUUAAGAUGGGUCCAGGAGAAUAUCGACAUGUUUGGUGGGGAUCCUAAUAAUGUAACUAUUUUUGGUCAGAGCGUUGGUGGUGCUUCAGUCCAUUUGAUGGUACUGUCACCUUUAGCGAAGGGGCUUUUCCAUAAAGCUAUAGCGCAAAGUGGGUGUGCUACAUGUCCAUGGGUUCGAGCGAGCAAAGGGGCGAAACGUGUGGCUGAAGUAAUGGGUCUUGAAGGGACAGACGAUAAAACUGUUUAUGACAAUCUAGUAAAGAAAUCAACCGAAGAGGUUCUAGAAAUUCAAAAUAAAAUGGACGAGGAAAUCAUACCUUACAAACCGAGGUAUGUAGGUUUUGUCAUAGAAACAAACUCGAAAGAACCGUUCCUGGUAGAAGAACCCGUUAAAAUUAUGAUGUCUGGCAAAUUCAACCAGGUACCAUUUAUAAUAGGGCACACUACUUUAGAGGGCGCUAUUCUUGACAUGUUGAAAAUACAAACUCAAGCUGAAGCCCCAGAUUUCGAAAAACUCAUUCCAUGGUCGUUUGGUUAUGAAGUGGGUUCUCCUGAAUCCAAAACUGUGGCUACCAAGAUGAAAAAAUUUUACUUUGGCGACGAAGAAUAUUCCCGGAAGCUUCUAAGAAACAAAUACGAGGUUUUGUCUGAUAUUUACUGCAUUUAUGACGUUUAUAUUACAACAAUCAUUCAAUCCGCCGUUUCUAAAGCACCUACUUACUUCUACAGGAUGUCAGUCGAGACCAAGCUAAAUUUCUUAAAAACGCAUCUGAAGAUUCAAAUUCCAGGUGUUUGUCAUUGUGAUGAUCUUGGAUACCUUUUUAAGCAUUUUGCCACUCCGGAAAUAGUGCCUGGUAGUGUUGAAGACGUCUGUCUUAAUCGGUUUGUCAAGUUGUGGACCAAUUUUGCCAAAUUUGGAAAUCCGACUCCUGAUACAAAUGACGAUUCGCUGAAAGUGGUGUGGAAACCUGUAACGGAUGCCAGUGUGGAUUUUCUUGAAAUUGGGAAAGAAUUAGAAGCCAAGUCAAAUCCGGUGACUGAAAGAUUGCUGCUCUGGAAACGCGUGUUUGAUGAGAGUCCAACUGGCAAGGAACGGAAUGUUGCUAAGAUGAAGGGCUCCAGAAUCAAUGACCCUAGUGAGCUAGUUUACGUAGCAGCGCUAUAUUCCGGUCCUUCUUCAUUACGAAAAACAAGUUUGGCAGCUCUCGCAUUGUCUAGUAGAACGGUACUUUUGGUCACUCUGGGACAACUUCGGCGUGUGUUGCUGAAAAUGGUCGAUCACUAUGUGGUUUCUGCAAGCUUGGCCGCCACAAUUUUACCCCUGGUGAUUUUUCUGAACGCAGUUCAUAGUCUGGCUCACCCUGAAGUUACAAUCCAUCAAGGGACGUUGCGUGGUUCUACAGGUACUGAUCUUCGUGGCAACCCCUUCCUGAAAUUUCAAGGAAUUCCGUACGCCAAACCUCCACUGGGCGACCUGAGGUUCAAGGCACCCGAUCCUCCCGAAAAAUGGACCGGGGUUUUCGAUGCCACCAAAGAAGGCAGCAUUUGCCACCAACAAGACGUUUUCGAAUUGGGCGACUAUAGUGGAAGUGAAAACUGCUUGUUUUUGAACGUCUACACGAAAAAGCUUCCCGAAGACGAAAAAGAUUUGCGUCCCGUCAUGUUCUGGAUCCAUGGUGGAGUGUUCAUUUUGCAGCACGGCGGUGAAGAACUCCACAGUCCCGAUUUCCUGAUUACCGAAGACGUGGUGGUGGUUACCAUCAAUUAUCGUCUUGGCCUUUUAGGGUUUAUCAGUUUUGACGAUCCUUCUUUAGACAUACCCGGGAACGCGGGUUUUAAGGACCAAGUCAUGGCUUUAAAAUGGGUCCAGGAGAAUAUUGACAAGUUUGGUGGAGAUCCUAACGAUGUUACGAUCUUCGGGCAGAGCGCUGGUGCGGUUUCAGUCCAUUUGAUGGUACUGUCGCCUCUAGCAAAGGGUCUUUUCCAUAAAGCUAUAGCCCAGAGUGGAAGUGCUAUAAAUCCAUGGGUUCAAGCUCGCAAAGGGGUAAAACGCGUGGCAGAAGUAAUGGGUCUUAAAGACGCAGACGACAAAACCGUCUUUGACGCUCUAACGAACAAAUCAAAAGAAGAGAUUUUAGAAAUUCAAGAAAAAAUGGACGACGAUAUAAUACCCUAUAAACCCAGACAGGUGGGUUUAGUCAUUGAAACAAACUCGAAAGAAUCGUUUAUGUUUGAACAACCUAUUACUAUUAUGAUGUCUGGGAACUUCAGCCACGUACCCUUUUUGACUGGGUACACUUCUCUAGAGGGCGCUACUCUCGACCUGGUGGUCAAAUCUGAGGUCCUAGAUUUCGAGAAACUUAUUCCAUGGUCCCUUGGUUAUAAAAUCGGUUCUCCUGAAUCUAAAGCCGUUGCUGCAAAAUUGAAGAAAUUUUACUUUGGUGACGAAGAAUACUCCCGGAAUUUUUUAAAACAAAAAUACGACGCUUUGUCUGAUAUUUACUUCCUUUAUGGUAUUUAUGAUACAAUAAUGACUCAAUCCGCUGUUUCCAAAGCUCCCAUUUAUCUGUACUGGAUGACUCUCGAAACCAAGCUGAACUUGUUUAAAAUGCUUCUAGGCGUUAGGAUACCAGGUGUUUGUCAUUGUGAUGAUGUUUUUUACCUUUUCAAGAAUUUUGGCACUCCGAAAAUAGUACCUGGUAGUGUUGAAGACAUCGGUGUAACUAGGUUUGUCAGGUUAUGGACCAAUUUUGCCAAAUUUGGAAAUCCGACUCCUGAUAAGAAUGACGAUUUGCUGAAAGUGGUGUGGAAACCCAUCACGGAUCGUAAUAUGGAUUGUCUUGAAAUUGGGAAAGAAUUACAAGCCAGGUCAAAACCGGUGACGGAAAGUCUGCUGCUCUGGAAACAAGUGUUUGCUGAAAGUCCAGCUGGAAAGAAACAGAAUGAUGCUGUUUGAAGGGAUCCAAAUAAAUGUCUUUACAACACAUACAUGAUUGAAAAA